GCCUGCCGGCUCCCGCGCCCCACGCCCCGCCCGCGGCCGCCACUCGGCCCUGCCGGCUCACCCUAGCUUGACUCCCCGCGAGGGCUGUGGGGAGGGGGCGAGGAGGAGGAGCCGAGGAGGAGCGACGGGGAGGAAGGAUCAGAAAAUGCUGUCUUGAGAGGCACCGCAGAGGUCAACUGGACCACCUCCCUUAGAUCUCCCUGAGGUUGCAGAUGGAGAAACUGAGGCUUCAAGGCAUGAGCUGCUUUCCCAAAGUCAUACAAAUGUUAAGUGCAGAAGUAGGAUCUGAAUUCCAGCAGUCUUACUCCAGCAACCAUACUGUGGAAGCCGGCGAUGCCUCCUUAAGCCCUGUCUGGGCUUGGAGAGGAUGUCCUCCCUGAUGGACCAGAGCAUGCCAGCCCCUGUGGCGGGUGUGGUAUUCCUACAGACUGUCUGGCAAGUUUUGCUUGCUCUGGUUUCUCACUAAAACAACCUUUGGAUUUGGCUUCCCAUGCGACUCACAUACAGGAAAAGAGGGCCAUGACCUGCCAACAUGACAGCUGUAUUUUUCACUAGUAACUUAAUAAACUGGCUGCCUGGGUUCACAUACGUAUCUGUUUCUGAGAGCUUGGUUAAGGUGAGCCCACCCCAGAGCUGAAGCCCACCAUGUGCCAACUUAAUUGAGAUUCUGGGCAUGCAAGCGUAGCCCCCAGCUGAGGCCUCUGUGCCAAAGAAAUUCCUCUUGGCCUCCUUUUGGCUGGUUUGGCCCGCCUUCCCCAGUGACAGUCUGGCUCUUUGGAUUCAAGCUGCCUGGUCAAACUGUGAGGGUCUGCAGAAAGAAGGAAGCAACAGUGCCAGGUUCCAGUGCGUGUUCCAAGUUCCACAUUCUGCCUACAGACGCCCGGUGCCAGAGCAAAGGCUGGCCCUUGGCAGCGGACUGGAGCAGCCAUGGCCCUGAGUGAUGUCAAUGUGCAGAAGCAGAUUAAGCACAUGAUGGCUUUCAUUGAGCAGGAAGCCAAUGAGAAGGCAGAAGAAAUAGAUGCCAAGACUGAGGAAGAGUUCAACAUUGAGAAAGGACGCCUUGUGCAAACCCAACGACUGAAGAUUAUGGAGUAUUAUGAGAAGAAAGAGAAGCAGAUAGAGCAGCAGAAGAAAAUCCAGAUGUCUACCAUGAGGAAUCAGGCAAGGCUGAAAGUCCUGAGAGCCCGAAACGACCUCAUCUCAGAGUUGCUGAAUGAUGCAAAGCUGAGACUCAGCAGGAUUGUGGCAGACCCAGAAUUUUACCAGGGGCUGCUGGAUAAACUAGUGCUCCAGGGUCUGCUCCGACUGCUGGAGCCUGUGGUGGUUGUACGCUGCAGGCCACAGGACCUCCUCCUGGUGGAGGCUGCAGUGCAAAAAGCCAUCCCUCAAUACAUGACAGUCUCCCACAAACAUGUGGAAGUCCAAGUUGACAGAGAUGUGCAACUGUCUACAGAUGCGGCUGGAGGUGUGGAGGUCUACAGUGGUGAUCAGAGAAUAAUGGUUUCCAAUACUCUGGAAAGUCGACUGGAUCUCUUAUCCUGGCAAAAGAUGCCAGAAAUACGAAAGGCCUUGUUUGGAGCCAGUGCCAACAGGAAGUUCUUUAUAUAAGCCUCUAGGAAGUGAAGCUCAUGUUGAACUUCUAAGCCCCAAAAGCAUGAGUUAUUAGGACAAAGGAAACCAGUAAUAUCUCCUCCUCUUUUUUGCUCUGGUAUUAGUCUAUCUUCAUGAAAUACCCUUUGACUAGCUAAAGGCAUUAUACUUUGGAAUAAAGCCUGACUUAAUGCUUAGCAACCUAUUUCCAAUUUAUCUAUACAUACUACAGCUUCUUGUCAGUUCUACAGUCUGGGUUAAAGGGAGUAGAGACAUCUGCUCUUUAGCUUGUCCUCCAACUGAGAUGUGAAUGGUAUUCUUGACCUAUGGGUCUGGGUGUUCUAAAGCUCUUUAAUAUGUAUGUGAAGUUUGUUCUUCUUCUUUUGUCUCAGCUUCUUGUUCUUAUGUUAUUUAAUAAGGUCUAGAAUUCUUUUUCAUGUGUAGAGGGUCAACUUCAUGGGCGUAUGGUGAGUGCAGUCACACAGAGCUCCAUGUCAGAAGAGCCCAGCACUUGGGGUCUAAUGCCUUAUAGCCACUGUCUGGAAAUUCUUAAUUUGAUUUUUGCAUGUGUGCUUUACAAGUGAAGUCCAAUGGGACUUUGGAGCAUGUGUCAGGGACUUGGACCUUGGCUCACAUGUAGUACUAAUUCCCGAAGCCUACCCAUCUCCCUGGGAUGGGUUCUUGACCACCCACUUCCCAGCGCCCUGGUGCUCCAAGACCCUGCCUUCCCUUCCCUCAACUAGUGCACAUUGCUGCCCUCUGCCCAUGGUUAGGGCCCAGUGUGCAUGCAGGGAGGGUCUGUAUGCUCCGUAGAAUCUUAGGGCUGGGCAUAACGGUGGCCAUCUCUGCUCAGGUUGGCAGCUCCAUGGCACAUUCAGCAGGUGACUUGGUGAGCGUGGGUCUCUCACCCACCAGAUACUGGGCACAUCUCAAUGUGGAGGUUUAAAGACCCUGGGGUUCACCUGUCUCCUGUGGAUUGGAUCAGCCAGCCUAUUGGAAUGGGAGAUGCCUGGCUUGGCUUCCCUGACCCCAGCCUCGGUACAACACAUAGAUCUGGGGGCUGGUGGGAAGGAGGGCCCAGCAGUUGUCAAGGUUGCUGGGCCUGAGUCUCGGGGAGGGAUCUUCAGGAACUUAUAAGGGUCUGCACUUGCCCUGUAAAGUAUCCUGUGCCUGAUGGAGUCCUCCAUUAGACAGCUCAGUGUCUGGGGGGGACUUGGGCUCAUCUCUUGUGGCCAGCUGGAUGCAUCUUCUGGGAGAAGCCAAGAAAUAGAGUCAUUGUGGUGAUUCUCUAUAUGGGCAUUGCACAAUAUAAAGAUAAAUGAUAAAAUUCAUGCUAAGGAUUUUAUAUUGUAAUUUUUAUUUACUUAGACAUUAAAUAGCAAAUAAACACCAUGACAAGCCAAAAGAGAGACUGCAGAAGAAAAGAAAAAGCUUUAUAAGUAUUUUAGUACCUUUAACUGUACUUUUUGAACAAAGGAUUCCACAGUUUCAUUUUACACUGGGCCCCAUAAAUUAUGUAGCUGGUUCUGCAUGUGUAUGGUGAUUUAAAGUCUAAUUUAUGCCCGAGUGUGAUUUAUGUAUUAAAAUAGAAGUUUUUUGAAGAAAAGAACCCCCAGGCAACUCUGCCAAGGGCAGAGGUUGGCUUGUGUGGUCAGGAAUUUAUAAGGAACAGAAAUCCCAUGAAGCUCAAACACAGAGUAGGAGGCAGGUUAUUAGUAAACAGGGGUGUCUCAUAGAAGCUCGGGGCAGGAAUCUGUCAUGGUCUCACGGGAGGGCUGGAACUGGGCAUCAGAAAGCUUUCUGA